AUGUCAUUUUCAAGAGAGAAACUAAAGAGCAUCGCAGACACGACCCUAGCGGCGAUUUCUUCUGGACGGGUCGUAGUCAACCAGCUCGUUUAUCCGCUCGCUCCCAACAUCACUGAAUCAACUGAACACACUGCUUAUUACGCUCCAAACUCACUGUUAUCUACUUGGGAAACAAAUAGCCCAGCGCUUCCACCGCCAAGCCGGCCGUUCACUGUGAUUGAAAUACUAGAGACAACAACGCUCGAUGCCGCCCGCUCUGCGGGCACUUCUGGUCGCAAAAAACCUAUCGGUGUACUCAAUUUCGCAUCUGCAGAGCAACCAGGAGGUGGAUUCAUCAACGGGGCCAGCGCGCAAGAAGAGUCUCUUGCACGCAGCUCAACACUCUAUCCCUCACUCAUGACACCGACAGCGCAACAAUUCUAUACUCUCCAUUCUGCCGACGGAAAGGAUGGCUUCUACUCGCAUGCUAUGAUCUAUUCUCCACGAAUCGUCAUCUUUCGUCUUGACGAUGGCACAAUGGCCGUGCCUAUGGAAAUCGACGUGAUUACCAGUCCAGCAGUUCAUGCUGGGCUCAUCCGCAAAAAGGCGGUCUCUGGUCCUGGUCAUGCUAUCGAGGCCUCCAUCAUUUUCGCAAUGCGCGAGCGUAUGGCCCGUAUUCUCUUCCUGUUUGAGCGACGUCAGGUUCGCAACAUUGUACUGGGUAGCUUUGGCACUGGAGUCUUUCAAAAUUCGGUCGAAGCCGUUGCUGGUAUCUGGGCAGAGCUUCUGGGGACCCCACGGGCCCGUUUUGGUCGCUCCUUUGACUAUGUCGCAUUUGCAAUCGUGGACAACGACACCUUUUCUCACUUCAAGGACAGUUUUGAACGCGCUGCUGCCAUGUCUCACUGA